GCAAUUUCGAGGCACUGAAUCAUAAUAAGAUUACGAUGUCGAGAUCCGAUACUGAUAUAUCUGCGAUGAUUUGUAGUCCAGAUUGCCCACCGCUAAUUUUUAACAACAUGACUAGUCAGUGGGAAUCAAGACAAUGGAAUAUAGAGCUGUUAUCUCAUCAAAUCACACAGAAGUUAUCUUGCAAGCUUUCUCCAAGGGAAAGUCAAAAUUUAUGGGAGACACAGUGUAUUCAUGAGGAUGUCACAUUGAAAGAAUUCUAUUCAUGGAUGCAAACAAAUGAUGAUAAAUCAAAUCCACUUUAUAAAUACCAACCGGAGGACUUCUCGUGUUACAUAGAUUAUAAAUAUAUGAAAGACAUUUCACCCAAAGAACAUCUUAAGGCAGUAGACUGGGAAGUGUUCGGAUUUCCAGGGCGGGACGGAACAGAAAGCACGAUCUGGAUUGGAACAGAAGGAUGUUAUACUAACUGUCACUAUGACACAUAUGGAUUUAAUCUGGUAGCACAAAUUCAAGGAAGGAAGCGCUGGAUUUUGUUUCCUCCCUGGGAGAGUUUCUAUCUUUAUCCCACAAGAAUUCCUUAUGAAGAGUCAAGUGUGUUCAGUGAAGUGAAUGUAAAAAAUCCAGAUUAUCAACAGCAUUCAGAAUUUAAGAAAGCCAAUCCCUACAUUGUGAUACUGGAGCCAGGACAGGUCCUGUACGUACCUCGUCAUUGGUGGCACUAUGUGGAGAGCCUUGAGGAUUCAAUCAGCAUCAACACGUGGAUUGAUACAGAAGAGGACUUAGAAAGCCGUGUAUCAGAGGCCAUUACAAGGUGCUUGUUUUCCACACUGUUAGGGGCUAGGGACCAGUUAAAGGAAGAUCACCAAGAGCACCAGUCAAAGAAAGAUCAUAAAGAGGAUAAUUGGAUAAACCCCGGCGAGGAAAUUCUGCCACUUGAUACAAAUAUUCAGCUCUUACAGUUGGCACUGACAAUGAAAUAUGGUGCAGAGGAGAAAGAUAAAAAUACUCAGAACAUGUUGUGUAAUGCUCUCAGAAACAUUCCAGUUCGAGGCAAUGACAGAUUUUACAGAAAGAAGAGAAAAUUUAGUGAAAAUCUGGAAACUUAUGAUAAAAGAGAAGCAGCCAAAAAUCUUAAAUCUGAACAAGAAGAAAAAUGUAAGCUUGAUAGGGGAGAUAAUUUAAAAGAAGAUUUAAAUGAAGAAUUGUGUUCUCAAGAUUUACUUACUAGUAGUGGACAUGAUUUUCCUUAUAUUGUUAUUGUUGAGAGUAAAAUCAAAGAAGAUGAAAGCAAAGAAAUUAAACCCUCCAAAAAUGGAAAGACAGACUUAAAAUCUAAGACUCCUGCAAACCUGUGCAAGUCAUUUGCUGAAAGGUGUAAAAAUGAAACUUAUUCUAAAGUGUUUGAAAGACUGGUCAAAAGUGUGCUGCAUCCACAUGUUAUACAAACAAUAUUAACACAGCUUAAUCAAUAAUAAACAACUCUAACAUUCAACUAAAA